CUUAAUAAACUAAAUUGUAAACAUAAAAUAAAGUUUAGAUCACUACAAAAUACAUCAUUACCUAAUUUAAAGUUACAAAAUAUUUUUUAUACAAAUUCUUAUUUAGAGGGUAGUUUUUAAGGGUUUAAAAAUAGUUAUAAACUAUAAAAUACAUUUCAAUAUCAGAAACAAUCAAAUUCCUAUAUUUAACAUACUAUUUAACGUACCUACACAUAAUUUAGAUUUAAAUAACACUUAUAUCGGCUCUUUUUAAUUUUUGGUAAAAAAGGGUAGUUUUCACCCCUUAAAAAUAAAAAGCACACAUUGUAGUCAUAUCACUUUUGGAGAGGAGGACAAGAUGAGCUUAUUUGCAAAAUUUCUUCUAAAUCGGAGCGGUUCUUUAGAAUUUAGAGGUCUUGCAAUAUUUUACCGUUAACGAACGUACUAUAAACAAUAAAUAACUUUUUAUUAAUUUCACGUCUUUAAUCAAUUAUUCAUCUAAUACACUAUCGAUAUUAUUUAAUAAACCACUCAAAAUAUUCCUGAAGCCAUGUCAAAUAUUUAGUAGCCUUGUUAUAUUUGCUAAUGUCCGGUCACUGUCACCGGAUAGCAAAUGUUCGAUUUGAAAAAUAUAACCACGGACGUUAAUUAUUUUCGAAUCCUGGAAAAACUAAUAAAUAUUUUUGAAAAAUUUAAAUGCAGAAUGAAAGAUUACAUCAUAACCGAAGGUAGAAUGUCCCUUAGAAUAAACAAAAAGUUUCUUUUUAAUGAGAUAUUGGAAAUUACAAAUCACACUCAAUUUUAUCUUCUUUCUCACCCCUGUAACUUAUUAAAAUAAACAUUGAAGAAGUUUUCAAAGACUUUCUACCCUCGGUAAUGAUGUAAUCUUUCAUUUUGCAUUUAAAUUUUUCAAUAAUACUUAUAAGUUUUCUCAGAAUUCGGAAAAAAAUUAACGCAUUUAAAUACACUGCGAUGCAAAAAAAUCGAUCCACUAAAAAUUUGGUCAUUUUUGAAGUUUCGAAAUUCCUAAACCUGUUGUUCGAUUUAAGUGAUUUUUUUACCACGUUAUAGCCUUAUUCAUUGACAAUGAAUGACAUUCGGGUGAUACGAUUCAUUGGGGCGAGGAGGAUUAACUCCCGUAAGCAGGAAUCACUCCACCCCGCUUCAAUGCUCCAGACCAUCCACUUACCCCCCGAUAGCACUCUGAUGCGCUAUAGGGGCUCUCAAUCAGCAAAGUGCUUAUCAUAUGGGAGUCUUGGGUACACGGACUCCCAUAUGAAAUCCUACCCCGAUCAAUGCAGGCCAGCGUGAGGCGCUCUAUUCCCGCUAUCUCUAGUGACUUAUCUUCGAUCUGUUUUGCUUGCUCGGGCGCCGAGUCCCCGCUCUGGGCUAUGUCCAGUUCGGUGACUCGGCGCUCGAGGAUGUGGGCCCCUCAUGCCCGUUUUUGGGUUUUGUUAGUAAUAUUUUUGUGUGGCUUUCUCCUAUUGUUAAUAUUUUAUUGAUUUGUUUAGUGGCUGAAGCCGUUUUGAAGUUUUUGUAUAUUUUUUUUGAGGGAUGUCUGAAACGUAUAAAAAUCAACAUUAAUAAAUAUAAUGAGAUGCCAAAGGUGAGCAAGUUGUUUUCUUUUGAUAGAGCUACGAUUAUCUAGCCUUUAUUAUAUAUUAACUAAUAUUUGCUGUUUGGGUCUCCUGUGUUUCCAUCUAUGGUACACAUCAUACCUUAAUAUCUCUUGCAGGAUUCGGUUUGGGUGGUCUUCUAGCUCAGCAAAUUUUGUUCUGGCUUUUUCCUCCAUAAUAUCCAGUACUCUUAUUUGUUUUAGGUCUCUAAAUAAGAACCGUUCGGCGACAUAUCUGGGCACGUUUGCAGCUUCUCUGAGGCAGUUGUUGUGUGCCGCUUGUAUCUUCUUUUUGUUACUUUGACUCGUGUGACCCCAUGCAAGAGAUGCGUAUGUAAUUAUUGGCAGUAUAAUGCUAUUUAUAAGUCUUAAUUUUGUUUUCAUAGCUAAUUUGCUUCUUCUUCCUGUGAGUCCUCUUAUUGCCGCUCUGGCCGCUGCUGUUUUCUGGACUGUUGCGUUGACAUGUGAUGUGAAUGUUGUAACGUUUGAAAAAACUCCAACAUUAAUUUAAUAUCCCAAUUCCCAAAAAGAAUGUCUAUUUUUUUAAUUUAUUUUGUGAAGUUCAAUAUCAUUAUAAGAUCCCAAGCCGACCCUGUAUACAGCCAUGAAGUAUUGCAGCAACAUUUCAAUGUGUUACAAGAUUCCUGUUUAUUUGAGACGCAAAAACAGAAUUUGUAAGAAGUGUUGACAAAAGUACAGUUCUAAUGCGUAGAUGAACUUUCUAGAACAAAUCUUGAACUGAAAGUUGAGUUCUUGUCAACUAAGCAUCCCUAAGGAUCAAAAUCGCUCGGUACUUCCGUCGUAUUUUCCCCGAUCUGUGGCUUCAGACCGAAGCGCAGAUCAGUCCGGUUUGAUUUCUUCAAGCGUGAAGAUCGCUUGCCGACUCACCCCAAAAGGGCGUGGUGCCUUUUGUUACCCGCCGGUAAAGGGUAUAGUAUGUCGUUCUGGAAGAUCUAGUGUGAGGGCACGAUGUUUUUUUUUUUUUUACCCCGUAGUGAAGUUGGGUGCUCUUACACUGUGUUUGAGUUGUGACGCAGUACUAUACGCCGGCGUGGUAUGAAGUCCCUGUAUCUUGUCCAAGUUCCUGUUUAAAUGAAGUCUUCCGAGUCCCGAUUGAUGUCCUGAUGUAGACAUUUUGAGUUCCAGUCCCGUGAUGUUUAUCCAGUUGAUUGCCCCGAAAUAAAAAGGAAGCCAUGAAGCCCACCUCAGGUCGAUGACCCUGCUUGUUUGUAGAUGAACCCCCUUUCCGUGUAGUUUGUGACGAUAAAUAUUUUUGUUGAUAUGAAUUUUUUUGAAAAAUAAUAGUUGUUUGUGCUUUCAUGAUGCAACUUGUAAAUUAAAAUGACAGUGACUUUGACCUUUGACAGCUGCGUCAAAAUUUUGUUUUGACAUACACUGUCCAACAAGUUCUUUUGUCAUUCUUUUGUUAUGUUAAAUUGAAGAUUUUUUUUGUAAUGUAAAAGAUUUGUAGAUAUUUUGUCCUGUAAAAUCAUUUCCUGUUAAAAGUUUUUUUGUUUGUUUAAAAAAAAAAAAACCACCGUAAAGUUUUAAAUAAAUGUUUGUGAAAGUGUAUCUAUCAUCUCAUUUCUGUAGCCUUUGGAAAAAUUUUAACAGAAAACUAAUGCAACUGUAUGAAAGUUUUAGUUCAGGAGAAAAGAAAGAAUAUGGCAUAGAAGCCAAUAAUAAGGAAAGAUGUUGUCCCAAUGUAACCCCAAAGAGGAAUCAAUGAUGAUUGUCCCCCCGAUUGGUACCCGUAAGUAAGAAAGUAUCCAGUAAGUACCCAUAGGUGAAAUAGAGGAUUUAUUUCAAACGGCGUCCCUUUUUGUUAAAUAGUAGAAAGAUCCUCUAGUCAGAGUAAGUACCCUUAUGUAUUUAGUUAUGGUAGUGUAGUCAUCUUAACACCCCUUCACCCUCCCUAACGAAUCUACGACCUAGCUCCCGCACAACAAAUGAGCUGCCGUCCCGCAACGAGGCUUUAUGUGUCUGCUUCUUCUUCUUUAGCCCCAUUCUUACCCCCCAGUAUCUCUAUAGAUAGUCUUUCCUUGUUCCCAUAUGAGCAGACAUGUAAAACGCUUCAAAUGGCGCCCAACGUGUGUGGCUCGACUCAUUUUUGGCCUCCUUCCGGCUCCAGUUGUUCGCAAAAUGCAUCAAAUUGCGCCCAACGUGUGGGGCUUUAAACGCUUCAAAUGUCGCCCAACGUGUGAGGCCGAUUCAUUUUUCUGCCUCCUUCAGUAUCCAGUAGUUGUCUUGUCCUGUUAAACGCUUCAAAUGGCCCCGGCAACGUGGGGCCGAUUCAUUUUUCUGCCUCCUUCAGUAUCCAGUAGUUGUCUUGUCCAGUUGAAUGCUUCAACUGGCCCCGACAACGUGGGGCGUGUUAUUUCUACCCCCUGACCCCAUUAGCAUGUGCCCACUACCAUAUCCCUUUAGCCUCCUUUCGGUCUCAUUUGUACUACAACUGUUAGGCAGUGCCCGUCUUGGGUAGCCGAUCUCAGUUUGUGGUGCAGGUGUUUCCGAUAACAUGGAAGCUCGACUCGUGUCAUGUUUUGUAUGCCCAUUGUUACAAGUCUAGCUUGUAGACAUGUUCAACUAGUAGUUAGCCUAUCUACUAGUCCCCAAUAUCUUUAGCCACCCCCCCACUUAGUGUUACGCUUGUAAUACUUGUAACGUACACCCUGAAGUUUGACCCGAGUAAAUAUCGCCCCAGUCUUCCCAUGUAGUUUAGCCCAGAUUCCUCUUGUCUUGCCCCCAGAAACUGUUUCAUGUCUUCUAGUGCCCCCGAAACUGUUUCAGUCUGUUAGUCCCCAUGAAAGAGCCCAUUUUUGUAGUUUUUGUUGCAGAAUGUUAAUAAUUUUUCCAAAGAGGUGUAAGUAUGUACACAUUUUGUUGUGAUGUUGAUUUGGUCAUGCUGUUGAUUGUAUAGGCAUGUACCAUUUCAUACAUCAUAGUGUAUUUAACUUGUAACCCCAUAUGUAUACUGGUAUUGUAUUGUAUUGUAUGUAUCGUAGAACAGAAUUGUAUGUUAUUGUAGCGUACUAACUGUAUUGUAUUGAUAUUGUACCCAUGAUGAAAGCAUUGAAUUGAUUUUUUUGAAAGUAUUGAUGAAAUAUAUAGACAAACAGUUGAAUAAAAAAGUAACGUAAAAUUUUUUUGAAAAUUUUGAUUAAAAGUAACGUUAAAUAUUUUGAAUAUUGAAUCCAAUUAUGAAGUAUAACAGUAUGUUGUAUUUUUUGCAUGUAUUCCUAUAGAUCAACAGUUUUUUACAGAAUAACCGUUUUUUGUGAUUAUUGAUUUGGUCAUUUGAGUAGAUGUGUAAUGUUGUUGGUAUGGUCCGUGUAUGAGUUUAGUCCCGUAUAGUCUGUGUGAGAGAAGUUACCCCUUGUAGAAGUCACCCCAUGAAGAAGUGAAGAGGGAAACCGUGGAGAGGCCCCCCACUUCUGUGUUUUUUUCAAGCAGCCAGGAGAAAAGCUGUCACUUUUAGAUUUGAAGAUAGCGUUCUCUGUCGACACUGUUUGAGAAUAACUGUCUUGAAGUGUAGAAGUUAGCCCCUGAAAAAGCCCCCCCCUUGUCUGUGUUGCCCCUUGUUUUUUUUUUGACUAAUCUAUCUUUGUAGGUGUCAAAAGGAUGCCAGAGGUUAGUUAAAAAGAGCCCGUGAAGUAGUAGUUGAAGUCUCCCCCCCAGUGAAGUAGUUGAAGUCCCCCCGUGAAUGAAGUAUGUCUUUUUGUAUCUGACAUGUCACAAGUGUAAUACUCGUGAUGAAGGAAGUGUUGUUCAGCUAUCUGUGAACACUUUCAUUAGUAGUCGGAGCAAGAAAUGUCUUAUCCCGUGUGAGCUCAUAUAGGAACCAAAUUUCAAUAUUGUUUGUGUUUGUAAGCCCCUGAGUAUAUCUAGAAGUCAAAAAGUAUGUUGUUGUCUGUUUGUUUGUCUAUCCCUGUUUUGUCUGGAAGUUUUAGAGCCCAUUGUCUGUUGUCCCGUGUUGUCUAUUAGCCCGUGUUGUCUAUUAGCCCGUGUUGUCUAUUAGCCCGUGUUGUCUAUUAGCCCGUGUUGUCUGUUAGCCCGUGUCCGUGCUGGAGUUUGAUUUUUUUUGGCGAAUAGUUAGUUGACCUCUCUUCUCUUUGUUGAUUGAAAGUAGGCCAAGAGCAGAAGCUGUGACAAGGCUGGUGAGGUUAGGAUCUGGCCGCGUUGAGUACAGGUGAAGCUUGCUUUCGGUCGAUAGAUGGAAGCGGUUGUUCGUCAGAACUGUCAUACUUUCCAAUGUCCCUUUGGUCUUCCCCUUGCGUGUUGCUUUCAUCCCCUGUUUUGAAAAAGUAGCCCCCCGUUUUGAAAAAUAAAGUCCACCCCCAGUCUUGAGAAAUGAAAUGCCCCCAGUUUUGAAAAGUAAGUCUAUCCCCAGUUUUGAAAAGUAAAGCCCAACCCCCCUGUCUUGAAAAAUGAAGUCUAUCCCCUGUUUCGAAAAGUGAAGUGUAGCCCUGUUUUGAAAAUGAAGUCUUUCCCCAGCUUGUGAUUUGAAAAUGAGAGAGUUGUCUAGUGAACGUUCAUGAAAGGUUCUUAUGUCCUGGAUUGGACUGUUGAUUGAAAACGUAAUGAUGUAGUGUUCUCUAUAUCAUAUGUUGCGUUCAUUUCCCUUAGUCUUGUUUAAAAAGUUUGAUAUCCUGUUUGAACCCAGUAUACUAGUCUUUUUGGUCUUUUGUUGUUGUCACACGUAUCCCCCCUCCCCCCUUGUUAAUAUUGUCUUGAUUUUAGUCCUUGUUGUUGUCAUAUACCCCUUUGUCUAGCCCUGUCUUGUUUGAAUGAGUUGUUGAAGUAAGUUGUUGGUGAGAUUUUGUCUCACUGAGGUGUUUAGACUGGAUUGUCUAAAUCCUCGUUUUGCAGAACCGUUGCCGAAAUGUCCCGUGAAACUCGCUAGGUGUUAGCAGAGUUUGGGCAGAUGUUUAUCUGUCAAACAUCAACUUUUUAGUUUUUGUGAACCGCUCGCGGUUAGGCAACGAGGUGACAAGGCUGUGUCUGCCCUGGUAUGUCACUUGUGUUACUGCUGUGGAUGUCAGCGAGGUCCACACAGGGCACAAGUUUAGUUUCUUUCCCAAGGCACAGAAACUCUUGUCACCUACAGUUCUUUGUAGAGUCAAGAAACAUUUAAGUCUACUCGACUUUAAAGAGUCUGGCGAUUGAUGGCACGCUAGCCCAAUCCCUAACGACUUUUUUGUUUUGUUUAAUCCCCACUAGCCAUUAUCUAAAUAUUUUGAUAUUGUUGUCCUGUCACACCUAAGAUGUCCAUGUUGGAUUUUUUUCUGUUUGUUAUCGAAAACUGGAUAAUCUUAUCCAGGUUUCUCUUUUGCGCGGAGGCUUUGUAACGUUUGAAAAAACUCCAACAUUAAUUUAAUAUCCCAAUUCCCAAAAAGAAUGUCUAUUUUUUUAAUUUAUUUUGUGAAGUUCAAUAUCAUUAUAAGAUCCCAAGCCGACCCUGUAUACAGCCAUGAAGUAUUGCAGCAACAUUUCAAUGUGUUACAAGAUUCCUGUUUAUUUGAGACGCAAAAACAGAAUUUGUAAGAAGUGUUGACAAAAGUACAGUUCUAAUGCGUAGAUGAACUUUCUAGAACAAAUCUUGAACUGAAAGUUGAGUUCUUGUCAACUAAGCAUCCCUAAGGAUCAAAAUCGCUCGGUACUUCCGUCGUAUUUUCCCCGAUCUGUGGCUUCAGACCGAAGCGCAGAUCAGUCCGGUUUGAUUUCUUCAAGCGUGAAGAUCGCUUGCCGACUCACCCCAAAAGGGCGUGGUGCCUUUUGUUACCCGCCGGUAAAGGGUAUAGUAUGUCGUUCUGGAAGAUCUAGUGUGAGGGCACGAUGUUUUUUUUUUUUUUACCCCGUAGUGAAGUUGGGUGCUCUUACACUGUGUUUGAGUUGUGACGCAGUACUAUACGCCGGCGUGGUAUGAAGUCCCUGUAUCUUGUCCAAGUUCCUGUUUAAAUGAAGUCUUCCGAGUCCCGAUUGAUGUCCUGAUGUAGACAUUUUGAGUUCCAGUCCCGUGAUGUUUAUCCAGUUGAUUGCCCCGAAAUAAAAAGGAAGCCAUGAAGCCCACCUCAGGUCGAUGACCCUGCUUGUUUGUAGAUGAACCCCCUUUCCGUGUAGUUUGUGACGUGUGAUAAAGGAUUUUGUUUAAAUAUGGUAUGAUAUAUUUUUUUAAAUUUUGCAAGGAUCCCAAAUGGAUAAAUAUUUUUGUUGAUAUGAAUUUUUUUGAAAAAUAAUAGUUGUUUGUGCUUUCAUGAUGCAACUUGUAAAUUAAAAUGACAGUGACUUUGACCUUUGACAGCUGCGUCAAAAUUUUGUUUUGACAUACACUGUCCAACAAGUUCUUUUGUCAUUCUUUUGUUAUGUUAAAUUGAAGAUUUUUUUUGUAAUGUAAAAGAUUUGUAGAUAUUUUGUCCUGUAAAAUCAUUUCCUGUUAAAAGUUUUUUUGUUUGUUUAAAAAAAAAAAAACCACCGUAAAGUUUUAAAUAAAUGUUUGUGAAAGUGUAUCUAUCAUCUCAUUUCUGUAGCCUUUGGAAAAAUUUUAACAGAAAACUAAUGCAACUGUAUGAAAGUUUUAGUUCAGGAGAAAAGAAAGAAUAUGGCAUAGAAGCCAAUAAUAAGGAAAGAUGUUGUCCCAAUGUAACCCCAAAGAGGAAUCAAUGAUGAUUGUCCCCCCGAUUGGUACCCGUAAGUAAGAAAGUAUCCAGUAAGUACCCAUAGGUGAAAUAGAGGAUUUAUUUCAAACGGCGUCCCUUUUUGUUAAAUAGUAGAAAGAUCCUCUAGUCAGAGUUGCCUCCAGGAGAAAAACACAAUGAAAAUUAUGAAAACAGCUGAACCUUCAUCUCCUAAAGAAACAUGUAGCAGUGGAAACACUGAAGAAACGACAUUAAAUACAAAUAUGAAACUUCACACUGGCCAAGGAUCCUACAUGUGCGAGAUUUGUUCUAAGGAGUUUAGUCAAUUAGCUAAUUUGAAAAAGCAUUGGAGAGUUCACACUGUAGAAAAGCCUUAUAAAUGUGAAAUUUGUUUGAAACGGUUUACUGCAGCAAGUACUCUUAAGUCACAUAUGUUGAUUCACACUGGAGAAAAUCCUUACCAGUGUGAAAUUUGUUUAAAACACUAUAGUACUGCAAGUAAUUUGAAAAAACAUUUGAGAGUGCAUACUGGGGAAAAACCUUAUAAGUGCAAAAUUUGUUUAAAGCAGUUUAGUGAAAAAACUACUUUAAACGUACAUUUGAGAUUUCACACCGGAGAAAAACCUUAUAAGUGCGAAAUUUGUUUUAAAGAGUUUAGUCAAAAAAGUGGUUUGAAAAUGCAUUUGAACGUGCACUCUGAAGAAAAACCGUACAAGUGCCAAAUUUGUUUUAAGCAGUUUAGUCAAACAGGUUGCCUCCAGGAGAAGAACACAAUGAAAAUUAUGAAAACAGCUGAACCUUCAUCUCCCAAAGAAACAUGUAGCAGUGGAAACACUGAAGAAACAACAAAUAUGAAACUGCAGACUGGCCAAGGAUCGUACAUGUGUAAUAUUUAUUUAAAGCAGUUUAGUAAAACAAGUACUUUAAAAUACCAUUUGAGAACUCAUGCUGGAGAGAAACCUUAUAAGUGUGAGAUUUGUUCUAAGGAGUUUAGUCAUACAAGUCGUUUAAAAAGACAUUUGAGACUGCACACUGGGGAAAAACCCUACAACUGUGAAAUUUGUCUUAAGCAAUUUAUUCAAGCAGGUGAUUUGAAAAGACAUUUGAGAGUACACACUGGAGAGAAGCCUUAUAAGUGCGACACUUGUUUUAAGCAAUUUAGUGAAGCAACAAAUUUGAGAAAGCAUUUAAGGAUACACACUGGAGGUUGCCUCCAGGAGAAGAACACAAUAAAAAUUAUGAAAACAGCUGAACCUUCAUCUCCCAAAGAAACAUGCAGCAGUGGAAACACUGAAGAAAUAUUAAAUACAAAUAUGAAACUUCAGACUGGCCAAGGAUCCUACCUGUGUGAUAUUUGUUCUAAGGAGUUUAGUCAAUUAUUUAAUUUGAAAAAACAUAUGAGAGUGCACACUGGAGAAAAACCUUAUAAGUGCGAAGUUUGUUUAAAGAAAUUUACUGAAAAAAGUACUUUAAACAUGCAUAUGAGAUUACACACUUUGGAAAAACCCCACAACUGUGAAAUUUGUCUUAAGGAAUUUAUUUCAGCAAGUAAUUUGAAAAAACAUUUGAGAGUGCAUACUGGGGAAAAACCUUAUAAGUGCAACGUUUGUUUAAAGCGUUUUAGUGAAAAAACUACUUUAAACGGACAUUUGAGAUUGCACACUGGAGAAAAACCUUAUAAGUGCGAAGUUUGUUUAAAGAAGUUUACUGAAAAAAGUACUUUAAACAGGCAUAUGAGAUUACACACUGGGGAAAAACCCCAUAACUGUGAAAUUUGUCUUAAAAAAUUUAGUGAUGCAAGUAAUUUGAAAAAACAUUUGAGAGUGCACACCGGAGAAAAACCUUAUAAGUGCAAAAUUUGUUUUAAAGAGUUUGGUCAAACAGCUAGUUUGAAAAUACAUUCGAACGUGCACUCUGAAGAAAAACCAUACAAGUGCCAAAUUUGUUUUAAGCAGUUUAGUCAAAAUGGAAAUUUGAAAACGCAUUUAAGGAUACACACUCGAGAAAACCCUUAUUAGGGCGUACAUACAACUUUUUAGUCGAAUCUUGAAGGUGUUGCGAUUUGUUCUCGACUAAACUAUUUAGUUGUGCAGGGUGCGCAUAGAGAUUUAAAAUUUCCGGAAAAAUUGGGUGCAGGAAAAAACCUGUUUUUUCCGAAAAAAAAACAGGAAAAAAUGGAAAAAUACGGAAAAAUUGACAUUUGUUAUAAUAUACUAAACAAAUUCUGCAUCCCGUAUCAAAAUAGAUAAAUUUAGUAGAAUUCGAUAGAUCUAUAUUAUCAGAAGUGCCUUUUGUCUUUAAGUACAACAAAGACUAAUACUCAAUCGAAAAAAGAGAAAAAGUGUUAAAGUGAUUUUUUAAUAAUAUAUUGUUAUGGAACGCUUACAAUUUUGAACAUCUUUAACAACAAAAUACUUGGAUCACAGAAUAUAUUAUCCUGAUGUAUUUCUCUGCUUGGAUCUUCCACAAAUAAUACACAAUAAAUAACUUUUUAUUAAG